GGGUACCCCAAUGACUCAAUAUCAGAACACAUCCUAGGUGUUGUGUUGGCCGCGCGCUCGUCCUGAUGGUAAAGUUGCAGUCUCAAACGUGCUUUUAAAACCACCCACUAUGAUCGGCGACCUCCUGGCUCAGAUCACUGGCGAACCAGUGCAGCAGACAUCCACACCUCCCGCCUCCAAGCCAAUCGGUCCUCUGAAACGGAAAGCCAACGAUGACACACGCAACAACUCCGCAAAGGCGCCUCGCCUCGAGGCAAGUACAAGGGGUGCCGGUGGUUCCACAACAAAUCCGAGGCCGACGGAUAGGCCAGCAUCGACUCCAUACAGAGGUACUGCGAUGAGUCGUCCAACCGGCGCAUCAAGACCGACAGGUGGCCAGACCGUGAGGCCCGCCGCCCCCGCUUCAACGCCGGCCAAGACAUCCAGCGGAACAAAUGGAAUGAAUGGCACGAAUGCUACGAAUGGCGCCAGACCGACGUCGGCCAGCGUUCGAAAGGGACCAACUGCCCCUGCUACGACUGCUCCAUCCUCCGCAGCCGCCCCGUCAGCCAAGCCGGCACCCCCAAAGAAAGGCUCCUAUGCGGAGAUUCUAGCUCGGGCCAAACUUGCCCAGACAACCAUGGGUCAAGUUGGAAAGAUCCAGCAUAAAGGAACAGAAAAGAAGAAGGAACGGCCAGAAGCCAAGAAGGAUGCGAAGCAACCAGUUCCAACGACGAUAUCCAGAUACCAGGGCACUGCUCGGCCCGCGAACGGCACCUCGAGAGCUCCAACGACUCCCGCCUUACAGCGUCGAGCGACGAGCACGGGCGCCAUGUCAAAGGAUACGCGGAACCUGGAUACAGACAGGCCCAGGAUGAAACGGUCCGCCUCAGUAACGGAGGAGGAGCCCAAGAAGGUAAAGAAGGCCGCUCUCGCAACAACAGGGUAUACGGGUACCGCUCGCCCCCGCCCAGGCGCUACGACGUCGGCCAACUCCAGGAAACCCGCUGCGCCCGGCGGUGCUCUGUUGAACCCUCGCGCCGGCGCUCGCUAUGGUGGGUCGGCCAGGCGUUCACGAUACGAGGAAGAAGACGAGGAGCUGGACGAUUUCAUCGAAUACGACGACGAGGAAGAGGAACCGGUUGGUGGACCUCGGUACAGAUACGAUUCAGGCUCCGAGUCCGAUAUGGAGGCCGGCAUGGACGACAUCUACGAAGAAGAGGCACGUGCCGCACGUGCCGCUCGGCUGGAGGACCUGGAGCAGGAGAAGUUGGAGAGGCGCCUCAAAGCGGAGAAGGAAGAGCGCAGGCGGCGAUUCCUCGAGGAGCAGAAGAAGAAAAACCGAGGCUAGUCAUGCUGCCACCUGUGAUUCCCAGUUCUGGCAGCCAGGUUUCUUCUCUUCUUUUUUCUUCUGUUUCUGGUUUGUUUUGGGGGGUUUUCAUAGAGGAGA